GGCCGGCGGACGCGCCCGCGCCCCGCGCGCUCCCCGCCGCCCCAUGGAGGACGGGCUGCUGGAGAUCAGGACCAAGGACGGCGGCGACAUGCCCGCGCCCCUGGAGGUGUCCGCCGUGCCGGCCGUGGGCGACGUGAUCUCGGGGGAGUACAACGGCGGCAUGAAGGAGCUGAUGGAGCACCUGAAGGCCCAGCUGCAGGCCCUGUUCGAGGACGUGCGGGCCAUGCGGGGGGCCCUGGACGAGCAGGCCUCGCACAUCCAGGUGCUCUCGGACGACGUGUGCGCCAACCAGCGGGCCAUCGUCUCCAUGUGCCAGAUCAUGACCACGGCGCCCCGCCAGGGCGGCCUGGGCGUGGUCGGCGGCAAGGGGAGCUUCCCCGGGGCCCCCCCAAAGCCGGAGCCCGCUUCGCCUGGAGUCGAGGACGGCGGCUUGCCGGCUCGCGAUCUUGAGGACGGGGACGACGACGAAGAGGAAAAAGAGAUGCCCAGCCCUGCCACACCCACCGGUCGCUGUGAGCGCUCCAAGAGCCCCCGUGCCGGUCUCCUUGGGGGGGACGGGCCACUUGUGGAGCCCCUCGACCUGCCUGACAUUACCCUGCUGCAGCUGGAGGGCGAGGCUUCCCUGUGAGGGCGCUGCGGGGGCACUAACUUCCCGGGCUGGGCUGGGGCUUGUGAGCGCAUGACGCGAGGGGACUGACCGGCGCGGUGCAGCACGCUUCGCUCGGACAGCUGCCCCCGUGUGUCGGGGUGGGGACUCCCGACAGGCAGCGUCUGCAGGGCGAGGACUUCGGGAGCAUCAAGCAUUCUGUUUGCCCAGCCAAGCGUGAUAGCAAACUGGAGACAGGUGAAGUUCCGGGAGAGCAAGUGCCCAUCUCCGGACUCCCUUCCACCCCCCCACCCCCAUGCCCUUUCCCUCUCCCCAGGCAACAGGAGAACCCCUGAAUUAUGUAAAUAAAAUCUGCUUUUUCUAUUCUGAAAAAGGACUUAUCUAGGACUAUGGCAAAUAAUCUCUAAUGAUUUACCUAAAAAUUACGGAAUUGAGGGUAUUCUGUUCUGGCAACAGGAAAUUUACCCUUCUGCUGAAAUCCAAGAUACUCAGCACUCUGCAGAAGCCUCUCCCCCUCACAGGUCUCUGCGGCUGCUGAUUGGUAAAGGAAACUUAAGGAGGCAGCUGCGGCCACAGGAAUCGGGGUGCACGGGGUUCUGAGGGUCCCGGGGCUGGGAGGAGCUGGCUGCGAACGCGCAUGAAGACAAAGUAGCGCAUCCUCUAGGAUUCUGCAUGCAGAGCGGAUCCCGCCGUGUCACUGACUUCAUCUGGGAUUGCUUUUCCACUCACGGGGGCUUAGAGAACAAAGACAGAGUCCAGUCCACAGGCACAGACUCGGGGUGCUCAGCAGCGGCCCGGAUUUAGGGGACAUUUGAGGGACUCUUGGGGGCUUCAGCCAAAACCUGUCUCUCCUGACUACACCUGCUUACCUUCAGUUCCUUUGUCUGUCCCUGCCCGCUGCCUCUCGGUGUGGCCUCCCUAAUGUCUUGUGUGUGCUACGUGUGUCCAGUCGUGCAGUAGUGUGUGAGCCCUGAGGGGCAGGGCUUGUGGCUCUGGUGUUAGGUUCAGGGGGCUUCAGACUCUUCUGAGAACCCCGAGCUAUAAUGGCGCUUUCCUCUCUCCUCUCCCCUUUCCUCCCUCCCAGCCAGGGCAUGGAGCAUGUGGCUGUCCUGAGGUUCCUAACUGACGCGCCUCCCUCCUACCUUCUGAAGUGGUGACUUCGUGUGCCCGUCCCCCUCUUUUGUGUAUUCCUUCUCAAUGCUUUUCUUGGUAUUAACCUUAAUAAAAAGGCAUCAUCUCCCCUC